UAGGUGUUCAUAGUUAUAUAAAAAAUUCACCGAAAGUAUGUUCGGCUUAGCGCAAAUACCGAUGAAAUCUAAUUCUAUAAGAUUUGCGGCAGAGUUAUAUACUAAAAUAAAACUGAGUUCUCAAAGUUAUACAAAUGGUUUGCCGAUUCGAGCGUAUUCAGAAGCAGUGGCGGAGAAUAACGACAAAAUAAGCAAAGCAAUGAAGGCGUAUUUAGAUCGUGCAAAGGAACAUGAUGAAUUCAUGAGUACACAAAAUGUGGCAUUUAAAUUAGGAAAACGUCAUCUCGCCAACAUGAUGGGAGCUGAUCCUGAAACGUUUAGUCAGGCUGACAUAGAUAGAUCAAUACAGUAUCUGUUUCCGUCGGGAUUGUAUGACGCCAAAGCUAAACCCAUGAUGAAGCCUCCGGAACUAGUGAUUCCCCAGCGAAAAGCAGCUGAGUUCAAUCAAUCAGGACGACCAUUCCAUAGUAUGUUUUACACUGGGAGACCAAAUUAUUGCAAACUACUCUUCCAGAUAGUCAGUAACAUUAAUGAAUUAAAUGAUGUAGAGGAUCAAAUGCGUUUGAAGCAAGCCUCUCCUGAUCCAACACAGAAAAUCGAUUCUGCUGGUUACGAUUGGCUGUCAAAGGAUGCUUUAGAGAAAAUCCUUCUUGAAAAUCUCUGCGAUACCGAAUACGACAAUUUCAUCAAAGCAAUAUCUCGCCUUAACAGUCAUCCUUAUGCUUAUAAAAAGAAAUCGUUCCUUGACAAAUAUUGCAGGCCUCUAUUGGCGAAAACUCAUUCGGACCAAAUACCAAAACCGCUGAUAGACGAAAACGGCAGAAGCUAUAUUACAGUGUAUGAGUGUUUGCGAAAGACUGCCCGGGGAGAUGUAACUUUAUUAGCACCCGGAAAAGGAACGAUAACCAUUAAUGGACAUGAUAUUACCUAUUUCAAAGAUGUCCAGGCCAGAGAACAGGUUUUAUUUCCUUUGAUUUUCGCCGACAUGGUUGAAAAGGUAGACGUGAUAGCGAAUGUUGCCGGUGGUGGCUUUUCCAGCCAGUCUGGUGCAAUUCGCUGGGGUAUUUCAAUGGCUUUGAGAAGUUUUGUCGACACCGAAACUGUUGAUCGAAUGAGAAUAGCCGGUCUAUUGCAACGUGACUAUAGACGAAGAGAACGUAAAAAACCAGGUCAAGCAGGCGCUCGCCGGAAAUAUACAUGGAAAAAGCGUUAGAGGUUUCGCUGUCUCUCAGUUUAUUGCGUAUUGUAAGAAAAGAAGUAUUUUUUGAAUAAUAGAAAUAAAUCCAAGUAACAUUUCUUGACAAACAAUACAAUUA